AUGUCCUUCUUCAACUGGCAGCCGGAGUCAGAAAAGGGCGAAACGGAGGUAUCCCCCAGAAUCUGGAUCUAUGUGGUGAUGGCUGCAGGGGUGACAAUAUUGACAGUUUUGGCAUGGCUUUGGUUCAUAAAGGGACGGUGUAGCUGGAAGCAGAGGCGGCAGUUUGUGGAUGAAUACGAACUUUCAGACAGCCAAGGUUCAACGGGAGACGAGUCUGCAUUGCCCCCUGUUCACUUGACACAGCCGGAUGGUACUGUGGUCGAGAUUAACGAUACUGACAAGGACCAACCCCAUCCUGUCAGGGCAUUGGAGCGCGUUCCAUCUUGGAAGGAUAAUGAAGACUUGUCUUCGGCCAUAUCGCAGAAUGUUCCAACAACAACACCAUCAGACGGCCAAACGGAAGUUAACGACCAUGGUGAUACCGCACAGCUCAGACAGGGGACAACUAAAUCCUAUCCAAACGCCACACCGUCAUUAGAAAAUGACUUUUCGAACGUUGGGGGUGCACCCGGUCUUGGUGACCAGACACCUGUUGCCUCAUACCCACUCGACCUGUCAGAUUCAGGAAGUGAAGAUGGCGAUGGCCUUUGGGAGUCCAUUGAUGAGCAACUGAUUUCGCCACCGCCAGACGAUAAGGAGUACCUUCCCCUGGACCAGCUUCGAAGAAUCAUGGUGAAGCGCCGGGUUCGAAAGGCGUUGAAGAAACACCUGAAGCUGGAUCGAGAUACUCGAUACAGAUACGCCUGUGAGGUAUGCGACACUACCAACUACGGAACCGCGCAAAGAACAACACGACACAAGAUCUUUGCUGUAUUGGUCCGGAUUGAACACCUUGAAGCUCUGCCCAGCAUCAUCGAGGAGGAGAUCCAUGACGUUCACUUGCCGUUCACUUUACAAAAGGGCUCUCAGUGGCAUCUGACGUAUGCGGGCGUCGAUAAAGUCCCCGUAAAGUUCAGAGCCAGUUUAGAAUGGAGCAAGCCAAAGCUCAACGCGUUCAUCAAAGAGCAGUGGCUCUUCAUGGCCCCAUUCUUCGAUAUGCGGGCGACUAAACCUCAUUUCUAUCCUCUCGAGUCCAAGGUAGUCCUUCCAUUUGUUAGUAAUGCAUCUGAUACAGACACCGCUUUUGGAGGAUUUGGCGACGUUUUCCGGAGGCAGAUUCAUGCUGCACAUCACAAUUGCACGCAGCCUUUCUUCGCCAUCAAAAAGCUCCACAACAAGAACAAGACAGAAUUUGAAGACGAACAAUAUGCGUUAAAGAAGUUCAAUCAGGAAGACCACCCGCAUUUAACGAAGCUCCUUGCCACUUACCAUCAUCACGAGCAUUAUUACUUCGUCUUUCCAUGGGCUGAUGGGAACCUAAGGGAGUUUUGGCAACGCUAUGAAAUGCCCAAACGUGACCAUAAUCUAAUCGUUUGGUUGGCGGAGCAGUCAGCAGGCAUAGCUUCUGGCCUGAAGCUAAUUCAACAUCCGCCCCCGAAUCUCAACUUGACAGUUCAAGAUUCCAGGGACUAUGGUAGACACGGGGAUCUGAAGCCUGAGAACAUUCUCUGGUUUCGUGAUCCUGGUGCAGAUGAAAGUUUGAUUGGAAGCGGCCUACUCAAGAUUGCCGAUUUCGGCCUGACACGAUAUCACCGACAUAACUCAAGAUACCAGAAGCUCCAAAGCGGCGGAGGAUUCACAUGUUCAUUGACAUACAAGGCCCCUGAAGUCGACGUAGUUGAUUCUGUUUCAGAGGCUUACGAUAUUUGGACCUUAGGCUGUCUCCUUCUUGAGUUCAUCACCUGGUACCUCAGGGGCUGGGAGGGUGUUGACGAGUUUUCUCUGAGCCGGGCGAACGAAAGUCACGACCCAGACCACGAAAUUCCGCUUGACACCUUUUUCAAUGUUGCGUCAAAGAAUGGCGUCAAAGGAGCUGGGCUCAAGCGUGCUGUAACGGAGCUGAUAGAUGACUUGCACGAAGAUCCCAACUGUUCCAAGUUUCUCCACGACCUACUUACAUACACACUCCAUCACCUCCUGCGGAGCGAUCACAAGAAGAGAGCCAAAUGUGUUGAUGUGGUGAAAAUGCUGGAGAAGAUGGCAAAAGACUGCAGAAAUGACAAGUCAUAUGCUGUUGAUGGACGCAUGAAGCCGCCAAACAAGUCUGACACUAUGGAUACAACGAGAACCGACAAGACCGUAUCGGAAUACGGCCGCGACACCGCUGAAAAUGAUGCACUGGCAACACCGCACGCAUCUAGACCAGGCACACCAACAAGAGAGAUCGACCUGUAUGAUUUCGUGAGAUACGACGAGAUUCCAGAGCGGGCUCUAGACGAUGAUGCCAUGGAAACCGACACGGAUAAAAUUGAUACAGCAGAGGAGCCUUCUGAGAAUGAAGAAGGGACACCAAAGCAACUUCUCAACGUCGCUUCUGAGGACGUCGGUCCCGAUGAGAUGGAAAUUUCAACGCCAACUGCCCGCAACACGAGCUUUCUGCAAGACGACUCAUUUUCCAGCUCCGGCACCGAAGGCUAUACAGUAUCGCAGCCGAAUGAAAGUGGAUUUGGAGAGAAUCCGAAGAGAAAGAGCUGUGACAUUGGAGAGGGGCUUUCUACUCAAGAGAUGAAGCGCCCAAAGCUCGCUGAGGGGGAGUCUACUCUUGUUGGCUCGAUUGCAGAAUCGAAAUCGGGGUUCAGCGCCCACGACUUCGAGUUAUUCGAGUACGAAGAACGGCCGACGACAGUUAUCACGAUCCGGCUUGACGAUUUAGCGGAACUACAGGAUGCCUUUUUGGAGGACGAAUUAACAACGGCUGAAGAUUGGGAGACAUGGCUACAGCGGGCCACAGUAUUAGAUUGUCCUUCGGAGAUCCAACAAUUACCAGUCUCUGAAUCGACGUUUCAAAAUGUCACCAAAACAUUUCGCGUUCAUCGGACCCUUGGCCGGAUGAUCAAUCGCCGAGACUCAGAGUUCCUCCACUUACUAGAGGUCGAUGAGAAUAUUGAGCCACAGAGACUAAUUUACAACUUCAGAACAAGCGCCAUCGUUCCUGGAGACAUUGCCGUAUCUGUGACUCAUGAUCCCUGUCGUCGGUCAACGACCGCUAUCCUGUUUGGUCUUGGGGAAGCUCAAGAAAGGCUCUUUCUGCACAGGAUGAAAGAAUCUCUAGAAGACUUCUGUCAUCCCCUGGCACUGGUCGGAGCAGUAUGCGAGCUUGAGCGAGACAGGUGGAUCAAAAAUGAGGUUCGUCCUAUUGAGUCGACGUAUAUGGAGAAGAACGACCAAUGGAGCAUGGCUAGUAGUGACAACCUUGCGUCUGCACCAGAAGGGGAAACCAUGGAGGAUGCUUUGGGGUUGCGGUUCAAGUCUACCAUUCUACUCACAAGCCUGACCGCUGCAAGACGGCAGCUUAGUCGGAUCGGAGAUUACUUACAAGAUAUGCGCAAAGAUGCCAAAAUGGCGUCCUUUGUGGGAGGCUGUGAUCAUUACCAUGACAAGGAAACCAAAGCUCUCAAUACUGGCAUAGAUUUGGGCAAGCAGCAAGCUCACACCGCUGCUCGGCUACAUCACCGUCUCAAUCAGAUCUCUGAUGAAUUUGAUAUGAAGAUUGACAGCUGCAAGGCAUCAAUGGAAGACAUGAUGGCUACUACCCAAGUCGUCAUGAGCCGAAUCGCGAGGCAUGACACCUUGACAAACACAGCGAUCUCUGUGGCCACGCGAAGGGACAACUCUCAAAUGAUGUCCAUCGCCUUUGUGACUAUGGUAUUCUUGCCACUCACGAGCAUUGCAACCAUCUUCUCCAUGAACGUAUUCAAUUGGGAUGCCAAAGACGGUGAGAAUCUCAUCAAUGUGCACUUUUGGCUUUAUCUAGCUGUAGCUGGAGCGUCAACAGUCCUAACCGUUGGUCUAUGGAUGAUUUAUUCAGGAGUGACCAAAGGGCUUUUCUGCGUCCGUCAGAGGAGGAAAGAUGAGGAAAUGGGGUCUUGA